UGUGACUUGUUUUGUUUGUUGUUAUUUUCCUUCAAUUCUUUUAUUUUCUAAACUAUGACCUUUUGCAGUACAGAGUUUUUUAAACUUAGAUUUUAAUGUGAAAGAUUUUCUUUCAUCAUGGAUGAUAUAAAUGAUCUGGCUAAGACGUUAACUCAUGACGACCUCAUAGAGGUUACUAAAUCUUCACUGUGUACAUUGAUUACCUCUGAUCGCCUUCUUUCGGAUCUUCCCCCUGAUAUUAUACUGGAAGAAAUUAUAUCACAGAUAGCUGUAGAGCAUGGACAGUCAAUAACAAUAUUCAUUUCAAGAGAGGAUGAGCCAGUGCUGAAAGUUAUAGUACCUCAAAACGCCACAGUGAUUGACCUAAAGAAGGCGAUAGCGAGACAUUUUGAGCUUCAUCAAAAAAGAACUGGCAACAAAGUGAAGAUCUCCUGGAAAUAUAUUUGGAGAACUUAUGACCUCAACUUUGAUGGCAUAAUUUUGGAUGAUAACUGUAGUAAAAUAGACAACUACGGGGUAACAAAUAAAGUAACAUUGACUUUCAAAAAAAGAAAAAAGAAAAAAAAUAUAUAGAAUGUCUAAAUAAAUCUUUAUUUAUUUCUGUUCCUUACAUAAUACAAACAUUGCAGAAUUUUUGCAUCAAUUUAAAAUUAAUAAUUUUGACACAAACUGUACAGAAAAUAAAAAUCCGUAAAUGAGCUUUAUAUUUUGAACUUA